GUACGGGGGUCAGAUGCAGUGCUGGGCAGAUGAGUAACUGGCUGAGAAUAGGUCUAUGGGAUGUCAGUGGUUCCAGAGAGAUUCAAGGAUGAGCAUGUGCUGAAAACAAUGAACAAGGACAUAAGAAAGAACAGAACUGGUGACUGAAGUGACAGCCUGUCCCUGCCUGGCCCCGGACACGGUGACUGACAGCGGCUAGGGGCCAAGCCAGUCCAGGAAGAAAACAAGAGAUGAGGGUGCCCUUCAUCCACCGCUGACAUUUCCUGCUGGGUGUUGGAGCCGUGGCUCUGCAGAUAUUUGUGGGUUCUGUAGGUGACGAAGAAGCCAGUGUCCUGUGCGAGAGACGGGCUGAAGGCCAGCCCCGGAUGGGGCCUCCUAAACAGCCCCCUGCAAACCUGCUGGACAAGAGAGUCUCAGAGGAUCCCUCCAGGUGCGACCGGCCAACCCCAGAGCACAGAAAAAAACUGGCACCUGGCUGUCAACCCUCAGCACCCACCACUGGAGAGGGGGACUGCAUCGGGUGACGGAAGCCCCCAGCCCGUCUCGAACAGAGCCCAGUGAUUUCGGCUUUGAGGAUGGAGUCCAGUGGAGGGUCCUCAGCACCCCGAGAAGGUGCUUCUCCUCUAGGGGAACCCAAUGCUGGGCCUGGCAGCUCCCCGCUGGGGAAGCUGCGAGCUCUUCCUAUUGGGCCUGGUGCCCACCAAGGAAAUGCUGAAAGCCCUGCCCCAGCAGAGGACAGCCGCUCAGACACGGGCCCCCUGGGGGCUCCAAGCUGCAUGAAGAUCCCCAACCGGGACAGUGGGAUCGACAGUCCAUCCGCCAGCGUAGCCGGCGAGAACUUCCCCUGUGAAGACAGUGGUGAGGCCUCCCUGGGCCCUGCCGGCCUGGGGCUGCACCCUGAGACAGCUAUGGGCAGCCAGGUCCCACAGGAUGCCCCACGGGAAGAGGCCGACAGUGACAUGGGUGAGGAGCCUGACUCAGAGAACAAGCCCUCGAGGGCUGAUGAGGAUGCCAGCCCUGCCCAGUGCUCCAACCCCCAGAAGCUGCUCCACCUUGCCCAGGAGCUCCUGCACACCGAGGAGACCUACGUGAGGAGGCUACACCUGCUGGACCAGGUUUUCUGCACCCGGCUCACAGAAGCGGGGAUCCCUCCAGAAGUUACAACUGGUAUCUUCUCUAACAUUUCCUCCAUCUAUCGCUUCCAUGGGCAGUUCCUGCUGCCUGAGCUGCGGACGAGGAUUACAGAGGAGUGGGACACAAACCCCCGGCUUGGGGACAUCCUGCAGAAGCUGGCCCCAUUCUUGAAGAUGUAUGGGGAGUACGUGAAGAACUUUGACCGGGCGGUGGGGCUGGUGAGCUCAUGGACCCAGCGCUCUCAGCCCUUUAAGGAUGUUGUCCACAGCAUCCAGAAGCAGGAGGUGUGCGGGAACCUGACGCUGCAGCACCACAUGCUAGAGCCCGUCCAGAGGGUCCCCCGCUAUGAGCUGCUGCUCAAGGACUACUUGAGGAGGCUCCCCGAGGAUUCCCCAGACCGCAAGGAUGCUGAGAGGUCCCUGGAGCUCAUCUCCACAGCCGCCAACCAUUCCAACGCGGCCAUUCGGAAAAUGGAGAAAAUGCACAAGCUCCUGGAAGUGUAUGAGCAACUGGGUGGGGAGGAGGACAUUGUCAACCCAGCCAACGAGCUGAUCAAGGAGGGCCACAUCCAGAAGCUCUCAGCCAAAAACGGCACAACCCAGGACCGCCACCUCUUCUUGUUCAACAGCAUGGUCCUCUACUGUGUGCCCAAACUGCGGCUCAUGGGACAGAAGUUCAGUGUUCGGGAGAAGAUGGAUAUCUCUGGUCUCCAGGUGCAGGAUAUCGUGAAGCCAAACACAGCACAUACGUUCAUCCUGACGGGAAGAAAGCGGUGCCUGGAGCUUCAGACUCGGACAGAAGAGGAGAAGAAAGAAUGGAUUCAGGUCAUUCAGGCCACCAUCGAGAAGCACAAGCAGAACAGUGAGACCUUCAGGGCCUUCGGCAGCACCUGGAGCCAGGAGGAGGACCCCAGCCCAUCUCCAGAGUCACCUAUCACUUGGUUGCAUCAAAUCUGCUCGAUAUUUUCUGCUUCCUGGGUAUAUUUUGGAAGACAACUCUGCACCAUUCCUGGAAAGGAAGAUUCCUAUGAGAUAGUAAGCGCAAGCUCCAUGGAGCCCUUGGUGGUGACUGAUGGCAGUGGAGGUGCCCCAGGGCUGGAGUCCAGAAAACUGUCCUCUAAGACCAAGCGUGACAAGGAGAAACAAAGCUGUAAGAGCUGCGGCGAGACCUUCAACUCCAUCACCAAGAGGAAGCACCACUGCAAGCUGUGCGGGGUGGUCAUCUGUGGGAAGUGCUCUGAGUUCAAGGCUGAGAACAGCAGACAGAGCCGUGUCUGCAGAGGGUGUUUUCUGACUGAGCCUGUGGCCCCCACAAUCCCCAGCACCGAGUCAUCCACUGAGCCCAAGCAGAGCAUGCAGCUGUCCACCGCAGAUCUCCAGCCCAGCGUGCUCUGCGGCCCCCUGCAGCUGUCGGAGGAUGGUGUGGCCUGGAAUGAGGUGUGGGCUGCCAUCCCCACCUCAGCCCCUCAGGUGCUGCGGCUGCAGAGAAGUAGCCAGGAUGGCCCGCUGCUGAACACCAUCCAUCUGCCCAGCUGCACCGUGCAUGUGCCAGACCCCAAGGAGGCACAGGAGGCUGGACACACAUGGAGGCUGCAGCAGGACCAGCAGACCUGGUACCUGAGUGCCUCCUCCUCAGAGCUACAGCGGCGCUGGCUGGAGGCUCUGAACACUGCUGCCCACAGGGAUACAGCUCAGGACAGUGUGGACAUCCUGCAACCCCAGGGCCUGGCAGGCACAGCCGCUCCAUGAACAGUGCCUCCUGCUGCUCUUUACACUGCCGCACAGGGCCUGUGCUCUCCAGGGAGGUGACAUCAGAGCCAUGUGAACGAAUGCGAGUCCUGGGAUGCUGAAGAUAGGCUGAUGGCCUGGAGCUGGGUCAUUUGGUCCCCAGGCAUCUUCUGGAGGAAACUGAGGCCCAGAGAGGAACAACCUUGCCCAGGAUGACCCAGCAAGUCCAAGGCAAGAGCUUGGCCUGCAGUUUCAGCCCCAGCUGUGUGCCCAGAGCAGGGAAUAUGGGCCGCUAUCCAAAUACCUGUCUUCUGAGCAGGCUGAGCUCCGGUGCCAUCUCCAAAAGGCAGAAGACUGUGUGGGUGCUGCCCAGGGUUGGCAAUGUCCCUCCUCGUCUGCAGUCACCGCUGGAGCUAGUAGGGCUGUCUGCACCCCAUCCUCACCUCUCCCCUUGUCUUAGUUAUUUUUCUUUUGUUACUGAGACAAAAUACUCAACACCCACAGAUAAAGGAGGAAAGGUUUAUGUAGCUCACAGUUCGUACAGGUUUUAGUCCUUAAUCGGCUGGCUCAGUGGAGCGGGUGUGGUAUGGCAGACAGGCAUUGCAGAGGAGAAACAGUUCGUGGUAGGCAGAAGGCCUAAGCAAAGCAAGCAAGGGAGAAGAC